AAGGAAGGACAUUGCCGGAGCAGAAGGAGCGUAUUCCAACUGGAAGAUCCUCCACCCGCCACACCAACCAUAAGGCCACUGGGAAGAUCCCCACCAGGAGACCAGCCCAGCCAUCUGGGAGAGAGCAGGCCUCCUCAUCUCCUGCAUCAUGAACUGGCACAUGAUAAUCUCGGGGCUUAUUGUAGUGGUGCUUAAAGUUGUUGGAAUGACCUUAUUUCUGCUUUACUUCCCGCAGAUUUUUGGCGAAAAUAAUGUCAACUUCAUUCCCACAGUGAGCUAUGGAACAGUCCCACUGAUUUUUGGGAGCAGCAAUGUCAGCUUGCCUCCCACAGAGAGCUACGGAACAGCCUGCCCCAGCAGAUGGGAUUUUCAUCAAGGGAGAUGUUUUUUCUUGUCCACAUCUGAAUUGUCUUGGAACAACAGCAAGAACUACUGCCAAACAAAAGAAUCCACUUUGGCCAUUGUCAACACACCCGAGAAACUGAAGUUUCUCCAGGACAUAACAGGCACUGAGAAGUAUUUCAUUGGCUUGCAAUACCAGCGGGCAGAGAAAAGGUGGCGCUGGGUCAACAACGCCGUGUUUAACGGCAAUGUUACCAAUCAGGAUCAGUAUUUCCACUGUGUGACCAUAGGCCUAACAAAGACAUUCGAUGCUGUAUCGUGUGACACUGUCUACCGCUGGAUCUGCGAGAAGAGGGCCCAGUGAUGCAGUUCUCGUGGCCCCCGACUAGAACAGCAAACACACUUAUGGAGAGGGCACAAAGGAAUAUUGGCCAUUGGAACUGCCAAUUGCCCCAGAAAUACAGAACAUCAAAUUACUACAUCAGUCUUCCAGAGGCCACUGGCCGAGCUCCCUAACGAAUCCUCAGGGCUAAAGCAGCGGCACCUCCACAAAUCUACUCACAAACACACAGCUGAGGCAAACCCCUCAUUCUGUCAGCAAUUCCCUGAAACCUCAUAUCCUGUGAGAGUCACACCCAUGACUUUGGCUCUGCACAGGUCAACUGGGCAGUGAUCCCUUUAUCCAUCUGUGUGCUAGUAGAGGUCCUUGCCUGUUUGGGGAAAUAAGUUUCCAUAUUCCACUUUGGGGGACUGGAUACUAUCUCCAGGAGACAGGGUCAGUUUGAUGGAGACAACUCAGUCAGUAUAGAGAUAAGGUCUGCUUCUAUAGAACUGAGAAUGUCUGACUGAUCAACAGGGUUUGCUUUGUCCUCAGAGCACAUGACCAUCCUACUAGGGAGAAACUGCAGACUGAGCAGGUAUGAACAUUAUUUAGAGAAUAGUCAGGGUGGGAGAGGGAUAAACUCAGCUUCUGGAGCUCACCUUCAUUCCCAAGAGACCCCCGUUCACAUGCCCCCACUCCUGCCUGGGGAGGGACAGCAGAGGCCUUCCUCAGCCUGAAUUGAGGCCAGGCCUGGGAAUGAGCUUGAGAGCUGAGCUUGGAGCAGAGACAGCACUGUUCACGGGAAUGGAGAGAGGGCUAGGCAGGUCAGGAAUAUGCUAGGAAACCUCUCUGAAGACAACCUAACCACCAAGAUGACCAGGCUUUGGGUAACUGAAUCUCUGUUCUUCAGCAAAAUCCUAAAGAAAUACUCAAGCUAAAAACUUUCUUGAUCUUGCCCUGAAUCUCCAUUUUCAUGGAUUUUGAUUACCUGACCAUGUUUGUUGAGUAUAUUUUAAGAAUUUGGAAUAGUCUCUUGGGCCCCAGUGUUCACAAUAUAUUCCUGCCUGUAGUUCUAGAGAGACCUGGCUGCCAGGUACAGCCUUACUGACCCAAAGACGUCACAGCCCUGAACUGGUUGGCAUCACCCUGACCCAGGACUGGUCCAGCUGAACACAGACUACAAAAGAGGAGGGCUCCUCAAGAAGACAUUUGGUAGAGACAAGGAGUGGGCAUGUGGUAGAAAGGGAACACCAGGGACAAAUGAAAACCAUAUGCAGGAGGAAACAGAGUUCAUUUGGUCAUACAGAAAGAAAGACAAGAAAAAGGUAGAAAAGUCUUGGGGUCAUCCUGUCAGUUCUCUGUACUUUCAAGAGGACAUCAGCUUACAGACCCUCCUCAAUACAUAGAAAAGAGAAAAGAGAUGCGUAUGUGUUUUAAGUAACAAGAAUUAAACCAAAAGGGGAGACUGUAUAAAACUAAUGGAUAUUAUAGUCACCUAA